CAGGCGGCAGUCGCGGGAGCCAGAGGCAACGGCUGGUACUGCGGAGCUGAGGCGCAGCGGAGGCGCAGCCGGCAGGACGGGAGCCCGGCGAGCUGCAGCCAGGUGCUAAGAAAUGGCACUUGUGGGGCUCAUCUCUGCCUGAGAAUCGGCACUGGAAGAGCUGACUCUGAACUUCCAACCACUGCAGUCCCCAAGCUACUCUUUUUCUCUUAAUGAUGGGUAUUGGUAAGAACACUACAUCCAAAUCCAUGGAGGCUGGAAGUUCAGCUGAAGGCAAAUAUGAAGAUGAAGCGAAGCACCCGUCUUUCUUUACUCUUCCGGUGGUGAUCAAUGGAGGGGCCACGUCCAGUGGUGAACAGGACAAUGAAGAUACUGAGCUCAUGGCAAUAUAUACAACAGAAAACGGCAUCGCAGAAAAGAGCUCCCUUGCUGAGACCUUGGAUAGCACUGGCAGUCUAGACCCCCAGAGAUCAGAUAUGAUUUAUACCAUAGAAGAUGUUCCACCCUGGUACCUGUGCAUAUUUCUGGGGUUGCAGCAUUAUCUGACAUGUUUUAGCGGCACCAUUGCAGUGCCCUUUCUGCUGGCCGACGCCAUGUGUGUGGGAUAUGACCAGUGGGCCACCAGCCAGCUCAUUGGGACCAUUUUCUUCUGCGUGGGAAUCACGACUUUGCUGCAGACUACUUUUGGAUGCAGGUUACCCCUGUUUCAGGCCAGUGCUUUUGCAUUUCUGGCCCCUGCUCGAGCCAUCCUGUCUUUAGAUAAAUGGAAAUGUAACACCACAGAUGUUUCGGUUGCCAAUGGAACAACAGAGCUGUUACACACAGAACACAUCUGGUAUCCCCGAAUACGCGAGAUCCAGGGAGCCAUCAUCAUGUCCUCAUUGAUAGAAGUGGUCAUCGGCCUCCUAGGCCUGCCUGGGGCUCUGCUGAAAUACAUCGGGCCCCUGACCAUCACACCCACGGUAGCCCUCAUUGGCCUCUCUGGUUUCCAGGCAGCAGGAGAGAGAGCAGGGAAGCACUGGGGCAUCGCCAUGCUGACUAUUUUCCUAGUAUUACUAUUUUCUCAAUAUGCCAGAAAUGUUAAAUUUCCUCUCCCAAUUUACAAAUCCAAGAAAGGAUGGACUGCAUAUAAGUUACAGCUUUUCAAAAUGUUCCCUAUCAUCCUGGCCAUCCUUGUGUCCUGGCUACUCUGCUUCAUCUUCACAGUGACAGAUGUCUUCCCUCCUGACAGCACGAAGUAUGGCUUCUAUGCUCGAACUGAUGCCAGGCAGGGUGUGCUGCUGGUAGCCCCGUGGUUUAAGGUCCCAUACCCAUUUCAGUGGGGACUGCCCACCGUCUCUGCAGCUGGUGUCAUCGGCAUGCUCAGUGCAGUUGUUGCCAGUAUUAUCGAGUCUAUUGGGGACUACUAUGCCUGUGCAAGGUUGUCUUGUGCCCCGUCGCCUCCCAUCCAUGCAAUAAACAGGGGGAUUUUCGUGGAGGGUCUCUCCUGUGUUCUCGAUGGCAUUUUUGGUACUGGGAAUGGCUCUACUUCAUCCAGUCCCAACAUUGGAGUUUUGGGAAUUACUAAGGUUGGCAGUCGUCGGGUGAUACAGUACGGCGCAGCCCUCAUGCUCGCAUUGGGCAUGAUCGGAAAGUUCAGUGCCCUCUUCGCCUCCCUUCCAGAUCCUGUGCUUGGUGCCCUCUUCUGUACUCUCUUUGGAAUGAUCACAGCUGUUGGACUCUCUAACUUGCAGUUCAUUGAUUUAAAUUCUUCCCGGAACCUCUUUGUGCUUGGAUUUUCAAUCUUCUUUGGGCUCGUCCUUCCAAGUUACCUCAGACAGAACCCUCUUGUCACAGGGAUAACAGGAAUCGAUCAAGUGUUGAAUGUUCUUCUCACAACUGCUAUGUUUGUAGGAGGCUGUGUGGCUUUUAUUUUGGAUAACACCAUCCCAGGUACUCCAGAGGAAAGAGGAAUCAGAAAAUGGAAGAAGGGCGUGGGCAAAGGGAGCAAGUCUCUCGAUGGCAUGGAAUCCUAUGAUUUACCAUUUGGCAUGAACAUUAUUAAAAAAUACAGAUGUUUCAGCUACUUACCCAUCAGCCCAACCUUUGCAGGCUACACAUGGAAAGGCCUCGGGAAGAGCGCUAGUAGCCGGAGUUCAGAUGAAGACUCGCAGGCCACAGUAUAGCCGUAGCUCAUCCUGUGGCCUGGCCACAGUGAGGCAUGAACCUGUAGUUCCUUGCUGCGUAACAGGAAGUAACAUAUAUGUUUGUAGAUCUGCAUUUACAUUCUCCACCCCAGAGCUAAGACAGAUUACAGGUAGCUUUUUCUUGUGGGUGUGAUCAUGUCUGAUACGAUGUCUCACCUAUCUUUUUAUUUAAGCCCUUGAGAACAUCUGUUGAUGGUCAUGGUCACUGAAUUUGAAGUUCCUGCUCUCCUGUGGGAGUGGAUGCUUGAAGUCUGCAGUGACUUCUUGUUUUCAGUCCCCUUCUAACACCCUGUGCUAGCUUACUUACAGGCCACCUCCAGGGUUCAGGGGCUUUCUGUCCUUGAAAGCACCAGGACCUGCACUUACAGAGACCUCCUCUGGUCAGGGGGUACCAGUAUCCUUGCAUUGUCACAACUGACUGGUCAAGUGUGAUUUCAUGAUGCCUGAUGCUGUGUAUAGGUGGCUGCUGGCCAGUUGAAAACAAUGAGAUGCUUUACACUGUGCCCAAAUCUGUGCAUGGGUAAAGUCUGUACAGAUAGAAUGGAAAUUGGGGGAUUGGACAGGAAGGGAAAGUACCUUGAAAUCAGUAUCUGAUUCUCAAUUACGCUUUCUUGGUGCCACCCUGGCCCAAGCUAGGCCAACCCAUCUCUUAUUGGUCUCCUUUUUACUAGUAGCUGAGACACUCUAUUUGGUAUUUAUCACUCCUGGCUGGUGUGAUGGGUAUAGAGUGCCACACAAAGGCACCAAGCAGAUGUUUAUGAGGAUCUUGGCUCUGCUGACAUGUGGAUGUCAGUUAUUGUUGUGUGUAUUUGUAAUUACAAGAUUCUAUUCCUAUUUAAUGUUACUGAUUAUGGAUUUUUUUAAAUCAGUGUUUUUCCACGUGACCCUCUUACCUAAAAUCCCUAUUACUUGUCCCUUAUCUCCUAUCCCCCAUUAAGAAAGGAACCAGCAUUUGUUAAAGCUGUGGACACCAACAGGGACGUUUGUUGUCAUGGCUCUAGAAGGCCAGUAACCAUUAUUGUGGUUGUGUUUUGUAUUGCUUGAUACCAUGAAAGUGUAAAUACAUAAUGCUUAAUCUGUUCAUCAAACUGACUGCUGGACCAGAGCCCAGAAACCAUGAGUUAAGUUAAACAUUGAUUUGUUUUCUGAAGAAGGGAAGCCAGGGCAGGUGACAAAACAGCUGCCGUACUGAAUGGUUCUGCAUCCUGGUAAAUUAAUCAUUGCAGUUAAGUUGCCAUUCACAUCUGGCAAUUAAGGCUUAAGGAGACUUUCUGUGGGUUGUCAUGUUGAAUGUCUGCUGGAUUUUUAUUUUCCAGAGGGGAAGACUAGAUCCCCUGACCAAAUGCUUCCUUUCUUGUUGAAGGGAUAAGAAAAGCAGCUAGCAGUCCCCCUCUGUUAAAUUCUUAUUAAUAACAUUAUUUCUGACAAAAAUGACUUAUUGAAUUUGGUUUGAAAUUUUCAAUCAAAGGAAAAGUCUGAGUGACCUUGUUUCAUGAGAUAGUGCUUCUUAAGUGUUUAUUUACCUGAUUGUUUACAGGCAGUGGGCACAUGGCUCUUAGCAGCCUUGAAUCCACAUGGUGAAUUUCUGGCCCCCACAACUGGCCUCCUUGACUCCUGUAAAGUUUGGGGCUUUAAGGCCUGUUCUGGCAAGAACACUCCAGAGCUACUGCAUUGUUUUGCCAAAACCUUAUUGCAAAUUAAGUAAAGAAAGACUCUAAAUUUAAAUUUGUAUGGGUUUUUUUUGGGGGGGGGGCAUAUUUAGAAGCACACUGGUUAAUGAUUUUCAUCCUGUUGACUUGGUAAGCCCUGAAGACUGACAGCCCUAGUUGUCACCUUAAUUGCCUAGUUUAUUCUUUACAUUUUGCUUAGCAUCUCCAAUUUCUCUCCUCUGAACAGUGGGGAAAACUGUUAAACAUCCCAGAGAUUUGCAGCAUUCUUGGUCUCUAGAUGAGCAGAAUGACCAAAUACCCAAAUGAAAGCCUCUGAACCAUUGGUAAUUCAGGAACAAGUUCCCUUCAGCUUAAUUUGACCCAGGCAUCUUCUCUCCCAAUGGGUAACACUCAGGAUGUGUGCAAGUCUUCAAAAUGUGCAAAGAAGCCCUGUGCCCAUACCUCCUAUUGGAAAAAGAGGGUUUUCCCCCUUCUCGUUCCAUUGGGACCAACUUAGAUUCUCUGUCCAUGAGGGGGAAGGCACAGGAGGUUAGGAAGUGUCCUCUUGCUUGCAGAUACACUGAAGAAUGAGUCUGUAGUUGAAAAAAAACUAUAUUCAUCUGUUUCUUGGUUUGAGCACAUACCUGAAGAGGAGGUUUUGGGGGAUACUGUGCCUGUGCACCUGCUGUGUGCAUUACUGGGGCCACAUACACCCCGUGCUUUGGCCAGUUGGCCGUUGUAGGAUGUUUUGAAUGUGAAUGUCCUUGGACAGAGCAUUCAUUCUCCAAUUCCCACUUGAACACCUACCCCCCCCGUUUUCACAUUUAUAUUGAUGAUCAUGAUGUGGAAAGUAGAAACUUACAAAUAGGACAAAAGACACUACAGUAUCACUGGUGGGGGGGCAAGGGAGAACCCACACUGGUUUUGAUAAAAUAUCUAACAUGGAUCAUAGAAAAACGGGAAAUGGCUCCAGUCUUCGUAGGCAAUUGUCAUUCUUAUUCUCACUAGCGAAUUUCACAUAGAUUUACUGAUACAGAAUCUUUCUUAAGCGGGCUUCAGUGUUAGAUUGUAGUAAGUUUCUUGUGAUUGAUCAAGGCAAGGGUCCUGAUGGUUUCCCGUUUUCAUGGUAACAAAUUCAUACACAGGAUUUGCUUCAUACUGUAGAAUACUGACUUUCAUGAUGAUAACCUGGUUUAUGCAUGAAUAUUGCAGUAUUUCCAUAUAGUAAAAUAAUAUUUCUACCCAGGAUAAUAGUCACAGUUUUCCAGGGAGGGAAUGAUAAUUUUCAUGACAAUGUCAUGUGAUGAUAGAAUUUCUCCAUUGAUGAAUCUCUAGUAUGUGUUUAUACUUUAUUUACCCACGCAUAUAUUUUAUGACCAUGAGCUAAGUUGUUAUUUCUUUAACUCAUGUCCCUGCUGAAAUAUUAGUACUGGCAACUUAGACUUGAAGUUGACAACUAUAAUCUUCCAUAAUAAUCAAUGCCACAAGAAUGGUCAGGCCAGAUAGGAGAUGAAUAAGGAACUGUGGCAGAAGCCUCAUCCCAGAACCUGUCUGGUGCACAGAAAGGCAGCAUCCUGCAUACUCACCCCCACAGCUUGGGGUGGACACACAGCUGCGGGCAGCAUGCCUGGCAUGGCUGUUGCUGCCUCCUGGUUUGCUCACCCGGCUGUGCCCCCCUGAAUGCCCUGGCAGCCUGAGCUCUCACAGGGCCCACUUCUCCAGCGAGCCACCACUUGGUCUUCGGGAAACACUUGGGGCCUCACAUGUUCCUUGUGUUGUGCUGUCCCCUUACAGUUUUGACCCAGAGAAUAGGACCUCCUCUGCCCUCCAUUCCUCCUGCAGUCACAAGUGGAGUAGUGCAAGAUGGUUGCCCAUUUUUGCCAGCAUUCAGCCUCUGCCCUUGGACCCUUGAAGCAUGUUAACGCUGAAGAUCCCUUUUCAGCUGCCUCUCACACAUUCCUGUCCUCUUAGGCUAUUCUUGACCUCCUUGUCCUCACCCUACACUGGUGACAUCCAGCCUCCUUAGAAUUGCUCUGUGUGUUUCCUGGCACUUAGGACACCCUCCCCAGUGGUGCCAUCUUACUGACAGUCAAGUUAAAACCCUUUUUGUUCAUUCAUAGCAACCUUUGUCAUGUUAGCCAAUUUCUGACUGUUCUUAAAACAGUAGGGAUGCCUAUAUUUUCCUUAAGUUUUUGUGACUGACUUUGGCUAUAUACCUUUCUGGGAUUUUGUUUGGUUUUUAUUUUUAUUUUGCAUAUUGAGGGUAUUUGGGGUGGGGUUGUUUUUUAUGUCUAAUUCUUUUAUGGCGUUUUUAAAAAGAAUUUUCAUAUUGUUUUUCUAACAUACCUUCAUUAAACGUUUAAGUAUUUUAAUAUGUAAUAUUUGGACCAGAUGUUGUGAAUAAUAGUAGAGAUAAAGCUAUUUUAUUCUGUAUUUUUAAAACUGUUGCGUACAAAUAAAAGCUCUCCUGGACUCGA